CGUGACGAUGGAGAACAGCAGCAGGCUUGACAGCCCCACCAACAUCUCGCUGGCGGGCGCCGACACCGGCCUGGCCUUGCUCGAGUACAAGGCCAUCUCCGUCUUCCUGGUGCUGCUCAUCUGCGGAGCCGGCAUCGUGGGCAACGUCAUGGUGGUGCUGGUGGUGCUCAUCACCCGGGACAUGAAGACGCCCACCAACUGCUACCUGGUGAGCCUGGCAGUGGCCGACCUGAUGGUGCUGGUGGCUGCCGGGCUGCCCAACAUCUCCGACAGCCUGGCAGGCACCUGGGUGUACGGGCAUGCUGGCUGCCUCGGCAUCACCUACUUCCAGUAUCUAGGCAUCAACGUGUCCUCCUGCUCCAUCACCGCCUUCACCGUCGAGAGGUACAUCGCCAUCUGCCACCCAAUCCGGGCACAGACCAUGUGCACGGUGUCACGGGCCAAGCGCAUCACCGCCCUGGUGUGGGCCGGCACGGCCAUCUACUGCCUGCUCUGGUUCUUCCUGGUCGACAUCAACGUGGGGCCGCGCCAGCACCUGGAGUGCGGCUACAAGGUCUCCCGCAACCUCUACCUGCCCAUCUACCUGCUGGACUUCGCCCUCUUCUUCGUCACCCCCUUGCUCGUGGCCACCGUGCUCUAUGGGCUCAUUGGGAAGGUCCUCUUCAUCGGCCCUGUCUCCCCGCUGGCCACCGGUGCCACCGAACGCUGGAAGGACAGGAGUGGGAGGGAGAGGAACGGCGUGGGAGCCAGCCAGGCCAGCAGCCACAGCCGGGCCAGGGGGGCCCUCUCCUCCCGAAAGCAGGUGACCAAGAUGCUGGCGGUGGUGGUGGUCCUCUUUGCCCUGCUGUGGAUGCCCUACCGGACGCUGGUGCUGGUGAACUCCUUCAUGGCACGCCCCUACCUGGACCCCUGGUUCCUCCUGUUCUGCCGGGCCUGCGUCUACGCCAACAGCGCCAUCAACCCCGUCAUCUACAACCUCAUGUCCCGCAAGUUUCAGGCCGCCUUUGCCACACUGUGCAAGUGCGGCCGCGAGGAGCCAUCCCGCCGUGCCCUGCCCCCUGCCACGGCCAGCUGUAGCGUGGGCAGGGACCUCCAGCCCCUGGGGAGAGGCAACCCCCGCCGGGCCUUGGUGGAGGGCACCGUGGAUGCCCCCCGGCAGCCACCCCUGCCACCCCCUGGUCAGGGAGACCCGCAGAAAGGGCCGUACUUCAGUGCAGUGUGAUGGAGAGCCCCUGCCCUUCUCUUCCAGCUUGCUGUCUCCCAACCUGAGUCUGCUGCUGGGCUGGCUACAGAGCCCUGCCAGCCCGCGGAUGCAUCCUGCCCAGAUCUGCAAGACGGAGGUGGUAACAGGUGAAGCUCUGGCACCAGGCAUUGCUGAAUUGGCAGAGGCAGACCCGGAGAGGGCUCAGAUGGUGCUGUCUGGGUGGCAGAGCUAGGGCAGAGCUUGUAGGGUGGUCCUACCCUACAACCCCAGGGCACUGUGGUGCCAAGGCAGCUCCCUGCUUAGGUUACCAGCGUCAGCACAUGCGUCUCAUUAGAGCCGGGCUGAAACCCCGACAGCUGAGUUUGGCACGGGAAGCUUGAAAGCCAGCCCCUUGCUGCACCAGAUGUCUCUUGCUGUCCUGGACCAGGCAGGGGUGGGAGAGAGGGGCCAGACGGGCACAAACCAAGGGGAUCCAAUGCACUGCUCCGUCCCCCACCUGGCUCUGCCUUCACCUGGCUCCAGCGUGGCAGCGGGGCCCGGGCAAGAACAGACCCAGAAAUAGAAACCAUUGUUUCCUUGAGUGCUUGCAAACAUCAGCAUGAAGAUUAAAGGCCAUGGCUCUCUCCCAGGACAGACUCUUACACCGGUGGUAUGCAAGAAAGCAGUCCUCUUCCCCCCCACCACGAAAGUGCCAGCCUUUCCUUCCCUCUUUAAAAGUCAAAUUUCAAGCAGGUUUCGUGGAGGAAAAAGG